AUGGGCAACGAUCCGGUCUAUGUAUCUGAGGGAUUCACCCCCGGGAUGAAUGGGCAACGGUCCUUGGUACACCGGGUGUAUACUUACCCGUGGUUUCAAAUCGUGUUAAUUAGUUUCAUCUGUUUUUGCUGUCCCGGCAUGUACAAUGCCCUCACUGGGAUUGGAGGCUCCGGCCAAGUCGACGGGACCGUAGCGGCAAAUGCGAACGUUGCUUUACUCUCCGCCAUGGCUGGCACGGCACUCUUCGUCGUUGGACCUAUCUUCGACCGCAUCGGACCUCGGGCCUGUCUGCUGAUUGGAGGCUGGACAUAUCCAUUGUAUUCCGGAAGUCUUCUAUGCUUCAACCGUACGGCGAACGGUGCCUUUGUUAUCGCAGCUGGAGCCAUCCUCGGUAUCGGUGCAUCAUUCCUCUGGGUGGCCCAAGGUGCGAUCAUGACGACGUACGUCCCAGAAUCGCAGAAAGGCCGCGCCAUUGCAGCCUUCUGGAUUAUCUUCAAUCUGGGCGGCGGCAUUGGUUCCUUGGCCAGUUUCGGUAUGAAUUACCACUCAACGAGUGGAACCGUUUCGGACGGCACGUACAUCGCUUUGCUCAUUAUCAUGGCCAUCGGAUGGCUCAUGGGGGCUCUGAUUUGCCCGCCGAAAUCAGUGCGAGUGUCAACUCUGCAAACCACCCCCGAGACCGAAAAGAAUUGGCUCCACGUCGCGAAGCUCACCGUGAAAACGGUUUGUGACUGGAGAGUGAUCUCCAUACUCCCGCUAUUCUUUUGCGCUAAUGUAUUCUACUCGUAUCAGCAAAACACCGUCAACGGAAUGACAUUCAACAUCCGGUCCCGCUCCUUGAACGGUGCCUUGUACUGGAUCGCACAGAUGUUCGGCGGACUCAUCAUGGGCUUCCUGCUGGAUGUCCCUGGUCUGAAUCGUCAAUGGCGGGCUCGACUUAACUGGCUAUUCCUAUUCGUCACGGGGAUGGCGAUCUGGGGUGGAGGAUACGCGUUUCAACUCUGGUACGAUCGUCGCGUGGCGGAGGGCAAGAAGCAAGAUGUCGACUUCACUGAUAGCAGCAUCUCCGUUGGGCCCAUGUUCCUCUACAUCUUCUAUGGCAUGUACGAUGCCUUCUGGCAGUCGUUCUGCUACUGGUUGAUGGGCGCUCAGUCGAACUCUCCCGCGGUGGCCGCCAUCCUUGUGGGGGCGUACAAAACCUUCCAGAGCGUGGGUGGUGCGAUGGCGUGGCGACUGGAUGCGAUGGGCAAGUCGCCAAUGCUGCAAUUUGCAGUCGACUGGGGCCUGUGUAUGGGUUCGCUUGUCAUUGCCAUUCCGGCGGUGUUGGCCGUCACUCUCACCAAUACGGAUCAAGAAACGCUCGACGAGGUGGAUAUUAAACAUAGGCAGGACGAUACGACUGCGGACGGUCCUAAACCGUGA